AUGGCCCUGCAGCCUUAUCGGGAAGAGGAUUUAAACUAUUUUAAAUUCUCGUCCCUUGUGCUCAACGAAUUUCCAAGAACCUUGAGAAAGACGUUUAAAAUGAUGUGGGACAACUCUUAUGGACAUCGCCCUGGUUUCCAGCUCUGGGAUGAUUCUAAUGCUGUAAGAAAUUUGUUUGGUUCGAUAGAAGGUGACAGAAACAAAGUACCUGUUCAUCAGUCUUAUAACGAAUGGGAUUGCACUGCUUUGUUCCAAGCCACUCUCUACUCGAGGGCCUUCGCCUUACAUCACGGAACGCUAAAUGAUUUGUAUAUCAAGCCACGUGGACUGUCAUAUGGACAUUUUCACGCAUCAGUGGUGAGCAAGGCUGGAGACAACGCAGAAACCUGCGCACUAGCGAUCGAUCAGCUUCGUAUUUUGCGAAAUUCCCUCUGUCACUCGACCAGUUCUAAGAUGGAAAAAGUGUUAUUCGACAAAUGCGUCCAACACGCCAAAGAUGCUUUCCUCGCCCUUGGAGUUUCAACAUCUCCAAUUGACGUAGUUGGUAGUUUAACAGAAUCAGACUUUCCCACAAUUGAAGUUCGUAGACUUGAGCAAAUGAUUAAAGAAGCAAAUUCGGGGCACAUCAAACUUCUUGAAAGCAUAACGCAAAAUACUGCCGACAAAGAUGAUGUCAAAAUGUUGGCGGAAAAAAUGGAACAGCUUAAGACUUUGCAAGACGAGGGUCCUAUUCCAUCAAUGCCAGGUAGGGUACCUGUAAGUCAUAGUAAACUCCAAAAAAAUCAAAGAAUGAUUGGGUUUUUGAAGCCUAGUUCAGCUCUUGGAAUUUACUGAGAGUAGGAUGACUGUCAGCUUUGAAAGCUAAGCCCGCCUCCUUGUUAAAACCAACCAAUUUCUGUACUAGGCUUUGACAGAUAUUUUAAGUGAACGUGCCUGCACACAUGAUAGCUUAUUCAACGGCAGUAGAAACUUCAACCUUAUAUCAGUCGCUUAAUGAUAUUAUUGAGGCGAAUUUAGUUCCUUGAACUGAGAUAAGAUAAAGUAAAGAGAAAAUGCAGGCUACCAGAGUUCCAAGAGUAUACCAAGCUGUAUGGCCACAAUUUCUUGUUUAUGAAGGUCUGUAGUGAGUACCACUUAACGAACCAAGGUACCAAGGGUCAGGACGUCGGACUCGCAAUCAGGCGGUCCUGGGUUCCAGUCCAGUCCCGGCCAUUUGCUGGAUUUGUUCUCGGUUGUCCCGAGUUCGGCUCCUCAGCCACGCUUGUAAAUAGCCAACUGGUUGCCUCCUACCAGUUGGGGUUUUUGAUUCUUUUAUGUUCUAUUUGAAUUGUUUCUUUCUAAGUAUUUGAGUGGAGUGCUUGUAAACUAGCUUGAUAAGCUAAGUGCACUUUCCACUAUAAACAAACCUAACCGCUUGACUGUGUUCUUUAAGCAUCUAAAUGUAAUCUCAGUGUAAUCUCUGUAUCCACAGCUCGUCUUCGACUGCUGAUUGAUUGUGAAGAAUUGAUAGGACUUUCUCCACAGGAUGGAGUUUCAAGGGUAAUCGUUACCCAGCGGGCAGACCAAGCAAUGCUCCAAGGAUCCGCAGUUGUAUCGACCACCUCUGCUAGCCCAGGGACUGCGGCCGAGGUAUUCCAAAAGAGGGAAAACACAGGGGCAGAAGAACCAAAGGAACCGAAGGAAGCCGCCCAAGGGGAGGCAGUGGUUAUAAAUGGCUUGAGGCAAGAAAAGAUUGGAAAUGGAGCUGUUCCCUCCCCACAAGACAUUCUGAGUUCUAUCGCGUCAAAGUACCUACAGGCACUUAACCCUUCAACAUCGGAGGAGUUUAAUGGUUUUCUUCAGUAUAUGGAAAAGGUGCGCAAAGUUAUUAUUGUGGAUGUUAAGACUGGAAGCUUAAUGGUCAUGGUGGAAUGUAGCUCUCUUCAGGUCCUGGACGAACUCUGGGAAGAUUAUAUCACUGGUCAUCUUAGUGAAAUGGUACAGAAAUGCCUUGUGACCCAGGAAAUUCUAGAGGAGUUUGCCCUAGCUGAAGUAAAAAUCACAACAACUAUUAACGAAGAAGAGUACAGAGCAUGCCGCGAGCUAUUCUUGAAUCUUCCAAGUAGGUGUAAAGAUUAUCACACUGUAACUACCUAAUAUUAUCAGUCAACUCUCUCUUAUUUACAUUUGAAAACUGACUGCAUGACUUCGUGAAAACGUUGAAGAACCUAUUAAUUAAACAUAAUUAAGUUAAGCUAAUUUCAAAGUUCUUCACAGGAGUAAAUGACGAAUUUCCGUGAUUUGAAAACUCGACGGAAACAUAGACUGAGUUGCUUGUGCCCGUCUUCGUUAUGACAUCGACUGCUUCAAAUUCCCAACUCUGAGCACGUUAACAACUCAAAUGACAGGGUAUUGAGGGGUCCAAGGAAAUUUUAAUGUACCUAUUUGAUAGAUACAUAAUACGCUAUGCCAGCAAAGAAGGUUUACUGCCGGGGAGGGCUCUGUAGGAAUUCCCCCCCCCCCCUGGAUCCUAGAACUGAUGGUACCAUAUCAUGUCAAUCUGGAUUUUAUUACGCUAUUUUAGGUAGAGUAGGUACCAAAAUUCCCUGUCCUUUCUCAGACCAACUGUGAACCUUGUCGGUUCAAGGCAUUCAGAUAUUGGGGACGGCGAAAAAAAGAAAAAGAAAAAAAAUGAAGAGAAAGUAAUAUCGGGGGGUGUUCAUCUCUUCCCCUUUUUGUCCUCCGCGCUCCUUUUCGCGCCACUCUCUACUAUUCGAAAGACUAAAGUAGGAUUUCUUCACCCUACUCCGGACUAAACUGCUGAUGACGGCGGGAUUUUAAUAUCGAUUCUUCCCUUUUAUUAUAUCUUUGAAGACAUGAAAGCAUGGCAGCCAAGAAAGGAAAUAGAGGCUGCAAACACCGAUGACAUGUACUACACACUUGGAGUGACACAGCAUAAAAAACGUGAUUUCAAAGCAGCUCUUCAGUUUAAACAGCGUGCGCUGUCCAUACGAAUUAAAUUGUUGGGAGAAGAACACGAAAAAACUGCCGACAUUUACUUCUCACUCGGGUUAACACAACAUAAACUAGCUGACUUUACAGCAGCUCUUCUGCAUAAAAAACAAGCUCUAUCCAUACGAAUAAAACUGUUUGGGGAAGAAAACAAAACUGUUGCCGACAAUUACCAUUCACUCGGGACGACACAGCACAGACUAGGUGACUCAGUAUCAGCAGUUCAGUCUCACCAGCGCGCAUUGGCCAUCCGUAUUAAACUGUUUGGAGAAGUACACAAAAGCACCGCUGAUAGUUUUAACUUACUUGGGAAAACACAGUAUGAACUAGGAGAUUUCAGGUCAGCUCUUCAGUCUCACCAGCGUGGGCUGGCCAUCCGUAUUAAACUGUUUGGAGAGAAACACAAAAGUACUUUCGAAAGCUACCACUCACUGGGGAUAACACAACAUCAAUUAGGUGAUUUCAAGACAGCGCUCCAUUCUCACCAGAGCGCGCUGGCCAUCUGUUUUAAACUCUUUGGAGAAGAACACGAAACCAUUGCUGACUGUUACUACUUAAUUGGUAUAACACAGCAAAAAAUGGGUGACCUCCAAUCAGCCCUUCAGUCUUACGAACAAGCGCUGGCCUUCCGUGUUAAACUGCUCGGAGAAGAGAAUGAAAGUACUGCUGACAGUUACCACGCACUAGGGAUAACACAGCAUCAACUAGGUUACUUCAAAUCAGCUCUUCAUUCUCACCAACGUGCACUGGCAAUCCGAAUUAAGCUGUUUGUAGAAGACAACAGAAGCACUGGUGAUAGCUACUAUUCACUUGGAAUAACAGAAUAUCAACUCGGUGACUACGAAUCAGCUGUUCGGUUCUACGAGCUUGCUCUGGCCAUCUAUAGUCAAUUGUUUGGCGAAGAACACGAAAUCAUCGCUCACAAUUACCACUCAAUGGGGGUAACACAGCAUCAACUAGGUUACUUCAGAUCAGCCAUUUAUUCUCACCAGCGUGCGCUGGCCAUCCGCAAGAAAUUGUUUGGAUUAAAACACGAAAGAACUAGAGAAAGCUACCACUCACUAUGGGCAACACAGUACAAACUCGGUACCAUUAAGCCAUCAGCCUUUACGUUUAACUAA